ACCAAGCCUAUUGUCAGAGCGUCCAAUGAACAGCUGACAUCACGGCCUGUGCUAGGAGGGAAGAGGACCGCUGCACGAGAGGUGUUUGCAAGCUGGACUGAGUUAACAACAUCGAGGAACAGCAAAACAACAAUAACAAAAUGCAUCUCAACAUUGUAAGAUUCUUUUUGGUUGUACUUGGUGUCUUUGGAUGGUCCAUGACACUUACAUCUGCCACCCAAGUGGGUCUGAGUGAAAAAGUCCUGGUCUUCCCCUAUGAGACUGACUUCAGCUUUGUGGCCCUUAUCCCUCAGAAGGAGAUGGGGCUUAAGGCCUUUACUCUCUGCAUGCGGGUGGCCACUGAGCUUCCUGAAGAACGCCAGAUCAUCCUGUUCGCCUACCGCACGCCUGACUAUGAUGAGCUCAACGUGUGGCGUGAGAACGACGGCCGGGUCUCCUUCUACUUGAGCGGUGACGGCUGCUUCUUCCACCUGCCUCCCAUCACCACUUUCCGCACCAGCCUCUGCCUCACCUGGGAGUCUCGCACUGGCCUCUCUGCAUUCUGGGUCGAAGGAAAACGCAGCACCUACCAGGUGUACAAACCGGGGCACACCAUCCGUCCGAAGGGCACCAUCCUCCUGGGACAGGACCCGGACAAACACCUUGGAGGAUUGGAGGCCGUGCAGAGCUUUGUAGGCGAGUUGACGGAUCUGAAUAUGUGGGACUACGUGCUCUCCAGGAGCAUGAUUCAGGCCUGGCACUACGGCCACAAGGUCCCUAAGGGCAACAUCUUUGACUGGGCCACCAUGGAGUACGAGAUGAGCGGGAAUGUGAUGGUGGUGGAUGAUGACUGACUGGAGCUGGAGUCGAAUGGGAAAAGGGAUGAUGCUUUAGAGAUCUGUGUUGGACUGAUACUAAUAUGUAUGAUGGUUCUGCUCAGAUUUGGUGUUGCUUUAUGUUAGGGUCCACAAAUGUAUUUAAUGACAUGUUAAAAACAUCUUGAUGAUUACAUAAGAGUAAGAUGCACAGGCAACACAUAACUCAGUUGUUUAGAUUUUCAUUUCUAAUUUUUUUUCUUACCAAAAAGCUUUAUAUUUUGAUUUUGGUGAGACAGACAGAUACUGGUGCUCAGCAGAAAGUAUCCAGAGGGUGGCACUGUGUGACUGGUUCACAUUAAACAGACACUGGAGUCAAAUGGAGCAGUAACAUGCUCAUGUCCAAUACAUGAUUUGUUGUAACU